GUUUGUCCAAGGAACAUGACUCCUUAUCCUCUUAUUCUACUGAGCAUAUUAACGACAUCAGAUGCACAAGAAAUGUGCAGCAAAAAGGCCGAUAUUGCGUUUGUAAUUGACUCAUCCAGAAGUAUAUGGAAACCAAAUUUUGACACACAAGUAAAGUUCCUCUAUGAUAUUUUGAAGAUGUUCGAAAUUUCACCUGCUAAAACACAGGUAGCUGCUGUAUCGUUUAGUAAUGUCACCAGUCCAGAAUUUCUGUUUAAUUCAUUCAGCAGUAAAAUGGAAGUUCUAGAAGCAAUCAAAGACAUUAAAUACACAAAAGGAAGCGCUACGAGGACCUAUACGGCCCUUGAAUACAUGAACGAGGAAAUAUUUAAUUCAGAAAAUGGCGCAAGAAAUGACGCUGUUAAAAUUGCUAUUGUGAUGACAGACGGAGAGACAAAUCCGGGAGGUCAUGAUAAUGACUUGUCACUAGAAGACGCCAUCAAUUGGACUCAAGAUGAGGCUAAAGUGGCCAAAGAUAAUGGAGUUAAUGUUUUUGCUAUUGGAAUUGGAAGCAGAAUUAAUGAGAAAGAAAUAAUGGGCAUUGCCAGCGAACCAAAGGCAGAAUUUGCAAUAAAAGUAAAAACGUAUGAAGAAUUCAAAACGGAUAAAUUGAAGGAACUAGUCGCGUACAGGGCAUGUUCAGUUGGAAAGCUGACUACAGAAAAACCAUUAGAACCGCUUCAAGAACAAUGCUUCAGACUAGUUGCUGAUGUUAUAUUUGCCAUUGAUCAAUCGACCAGUAUCGAAUCGGAGAAGAAUUUCAGUCUGGAACUGGAUUUCGUGGUUAAAGUAGUGAAGAACUUUGAUGUAGGCCUAGAUGAGACAAGAGUUGGAGCUGUUGUUUUCAGUGACGAAGCAGAUCGUGUUCUCGAACUCAAAGAUGAAAUGUCCAAGGGCGACGUUAUCCGGCGAAUCCAUGACAUAAAAUGGGGACGGGGUAAUACAUUCAUGGAUAAAGCUUUUGUUAAGAUGAGGGAAGGAUUCUCGAAAGAAAAUGGAGGCCGCCCAAAACAAGUUCCUCAAAUAGCUGUACUUGUUACAGAUGGAGUGGCGACCGAUCCUUAUAGAGCUUUAGCGGAGGCGAAUAAGCUGAAAAGUGAAGGAGUGGAGAUCUUCACAAUUGGUGUGAAGAGUGCCAGAUUGUCGCAGCUGAACGAAUUGUCCAGCGAUCCCGAUUCUCAGCAUGUGUUUAGUGUGGACAGUUUGGAGGCGUUGUCAUCAAUUGUCAGUCGACUGUCAAGUCGAGUUUGCAGCAGUAUCCAAGAGAAACAUCGAAGACGUACCCUCCAGUGUCUAGACUGCUGGAUAUUAACAAUGUGGACGAAAACUGUGUUGGCACUGAGUUUCGUGGUCGGGGCAUUAUGUGACCAUUUUUGUAGCAAGGAAGCAGACAUAGCUUUUGUGAUUGAUUCAUCCAACAGUAUUUGGCCACCAAACUUUGAUACGCAGGUCCACUUUCUUUAUGAUGUUCUUAGCCUUUUUGACAUUUCUCCAACCAAAACCCAGAUUGCAGCUGUGUCCUACAGUGACAUCAUCAAACCAGAAUUUCAAUUCAAUACCCAUAAGGACAAAGACGGCGUUCUGGGGGCAACUCAGAAUAUUGAACAGACAGAGGGUGGAGCAACCAGAACUUACAAGGCUUUAGAGUACAUGAAUGAUGAAAUCUUUACUUCUAAGAACGGUGCCAGGAGUGAUGUAAUGAAGAUUGCCAUAAUUAUGACUGAUGGUGAAACAAAUCCAGGCUCGGUAGAUUCGUAUUCACAACACGAUGCGAAACAGUUGACACUCAUGGAGGCUAAGCGAGCAAGAGACAAUGGCAUUUAUGUUUUUGCUAUUGGUGUCGGGGGUAAAGUUGUUGAUGAGGAACUCUAUGGAAUGGCCAGUGAACCCGAUUCUGUCAUCAAAGUUCCGACAUACGGAGAAUUUAAAACGGAUAAGCUGAAGGACAUGUUGGCAAAGAAAACCUGUGACGUUGGAGAGACAACAACUGUGAAACCAAAUAAACCUGAGGAAGAAUGUUUCAAGCAUGUUGCUGAUGUCAUAUUUGCCAUCGACCAAUCAACAAGCAUCGGGUCACCGAAGAACUUCAGCAUUGAACUAGAUUUCGUAAAUGACCUGGUGGAGAAAUUUGACAUUGCUGAAGAUGAAACGAGGGUAGGUGCUGUCGUGUUCAGCACUGGCGCUUCACGUUUUUUGGAACUAAGAGAUGGAGUAGAUAAAACUCUUGUCCUUAAUAGAAUCCAUGGUAGAAACUGGGAACGAGGAAACACUAAUAUGCAUCUGGCCUUCCAAAAGAUGCAGGAAGGAUUCCUUCCCGCCAAAGGAGGUCGACCACGCCUUGUUCCCCAAAUUGCAGUGAUGGUUACUGAUGGAGAAGCAACUAAUCCAUUCAAAGCGAGGGAUGAAGCCGCCAAAUUAAGGAAAAGCGGUGUUCUGAUCUUUGCAAUAGGUGUGAUGGGGGCCAAUCGAACGGAAUUGGAGACUUAUGCUAGUAGCCCAGAUAAUGUUUACUAUGUCAACAAUCUUCAGGCCCUGAGAAGCAUUUCCAGUGAGCUCUCGACCAGAGUUUGUGAACAAAGGAUUGUAUCACUAUCGUGAAUGCAACAUAAAAAGAAAGAUGAAUGUCUCAGAGGAUAUCUGUGAAUCAGAACCAUGUAGUAAUUACCAUAAACACGUGCAGAAAUUAAUUGUUUUUGUUUAUCCUGCUCCAACUUGUCAAGAUGCAAAUUGAUAGAUGGCAUUCAUUGUUGACAGACUUAGAUAAUAUAAAGAUAUUUCAAACAA